AUGUCUCCAUACCGCAUUGUGUUUGGGAAGCCAUGUAGAUUACCCAUUGAGUUGGAGCAUAGAGCUUACUGGGCGAUCAAGCAGUUCAACAUGGAUCUAAGUGAAUCAGGAAAGAAGAGGAAGUUGGACAUACAAGAACUUGAGGAGAUCCGUAAUGAAGCCUAUGAGAAUGAGGUUCUUUACAAAGAAAGGACCAAAGCAUACCAUGACAAGAUGAUUACACGCAAGCAUGGUGCAAUAGAAAUCACAAGUGAAAAAACCGAGAAGAUCUUUAAGGUAUAUGGUCACCGUUUGAAGCCUUAUUAUGAAGGAUUUCAAGUCAAAAAUGAAGAAGUAGAGGAAGUAAUGGAUCCAAAGUACCAAGAUUGA